GGGCCAGGCUCUUCGCUCCUCCCUUCGUUGCCUUUGGCGCCAAGCGCACCUGCGAGCAGCGGCAGUCUUGCUAAGCGCGCGGGCGCCUCUGCAGGUCCUGCGCGGCUCGCAGCAGCCAAAUCGGAGCCGAAACGGGGCAUCCGCGGCACAAGCACCAUGUGAGCGGAGUUUCCAGGGCAGUUCCCCCGAACCAUGUACUCCGGGAAUAGCAGCAGCCUGGAGCCGACGCCAGAGAAACAAGACUCGGGAGAGCAGCAGGCGGAGGAGGCAGGGCCGCCCUUCAGCACCGGCACCUACGAACUGCUGGCCCUGCUGAUCGCCACCAUCGGCAUCCUGGGCUUGUGCAACAACCUGCUGGUGCUGGUGCUCUACGCCAAGUUCAAGCGGCUCCGCACGCCCACCAACCUCUUCCUGGUCAACAUCAGCCUCAGCGACCUGCUCGUGUCGCUCUUCGGCGUCAGCUUCACCUUCCUCUCCUGCCUCAGGAGCCGCUGGGUCUGGGAUGCCGCCGGCUGCGUGUGGGACGGCUUCAGCAACAGCCUCUUCGGAAUUGUUUCAAUUAUGACCCUUACUGUCCUGGCCUACGAGCGUUACAUUAGAGUUGUGCAUGCAAGAGUGAUUGACUUCUCAUGGGCCUGGCGGGCUAUCACGUACAUCUGGCUCUAUUCAUUAGCCUGGACAGGAGCACCUCUACUAGGCUGGAAUCACUAUACACUGGAAAUCCAUGGAUUAGGUUGUUCAGUGGACUGGAGAUCAAAAGAGCCCAGUGAUACUUCCUUUGUCCUCUUUUUCUUCCUUGGCUGUCUAGUGGCACCAGUUGGGAUUAUGGCAUACUGCUAUGGACAUAUUCUUUAUGCAAUACGAAUGCUUCGCUGCGUUGAAGAUUUGCAGACUGUCCAAGUAAUCAAAAUCCUAAGAUAUGAAAAGAAAGUGGCUAAAAUGUGUCUUCUAAUGAUAGCCACUUUUCUUAUUUGUUGGAUGCCUUAUGCAGUGGUCUCUCUUCUAAUAGCCUAUGGGUAUGGUCACCUUAUAACUCCAACAGUGGCUAUUAUUCCAUCUUUAUUUGCCAAAUCAAGCACUGCAUACAAUCCAGUUAUCUACAUCUUCAUGAGCAGAAAGUUUCGAGGAUGCCUUAUGCAGCUCUUCUGCUUUCGCCUCCUGAGAUUCCAGAGGAGUCUGAAAGAGAGACCAGCAGUAGGGAAUGAGAAACCAAUAAGACCCAUAGUCAUGUCUCAGAAAGCUGGUGAUAGACCAAAGAAGAAAGUGACUUUUAGCUCCUCCUCAAUUAUUUUCAUUAUCACCAGUGAUGAUGACACACUGCAAAUAGAUGACAGUAACAAGCACACUGGCACAAAAAUAAAUGUGAUCCAAGUGAAGCCACUAUAGCAUGCGGCAUACUACAGCUGUUGGAACUGGAGCAGAUUUUGCCAACAAAACUAUUUUGGCUUAAAGACUAUCUCUGCAGCAUAUGUGGUAUAAUCAGAAAGCACUGUCUUGGAGGUGUGAAAUUCAGAAGUAAUUGAGUGACUGAAACUCUGUAAGCAUGUUAAUUAUUGUGACAGUAUUGAAAUGUUUGGCUGGAAGAUGGAAUUUUUUUACUUAGAAUAUUUAUUUUUCCAUAUUAUGUGUCUCUUACCUAGCACUUGCAUACCAGGGAAAUAAAAGAGCUUCAGCAUA